CUUCCUUGGGGGAGGGGGGCCGUCGCCUGGGACUCAAGGCCAUCGAUUUGUAUGUGUUUGUCCCGGCGCCCGAGGCCGCCCGCCGAGCUGCCCCCCUGCUCGCCCAGGGCGGUUCGGCUCCAGCCAACAUGUCGGCUCCGCUCGGGCCCCGGGGCCGCCCGGCUCCCACCCCGGCGGCCUCUCAGCCGCCGCCUCCUCCGCCGCCGCCGCCGCCCGAGAUGCCGGACCUCAGCCACCUCACGGAGGAGGAGAGGAGGAUCAUCCUGGCCGUCAUGGAUCGCCAGCGGAAGGAGGAGGAGAAGGAGCAGUCGGUGCUCAAGGCCAAGGAGGAACACAAAUCACAGGCGGCGCAGUGGUUUCCCUUUAGUGGGAUCACUGAACUGGUAACUAACGUUCUUCAGCCCCAGCAAAAACAACAAAAUGCAAAGGAGGCCCAGACGAAGCUUCAUCAGCAGUUUGAAAUGUACAAGGAGCAGGUGAAGAAGAUGGGGGAGGAGUCUCAACAGCAGCAGGAGCAGAGGGGCGAUGCCCCGACCUGCGGGAUCUGCCACAAAACUAAGUUUGCUGACGGGUGUGGCCAUAACUGUUCCUAUUGCCAAACCAAGUUCUGCGCUCGCUGUGGAGGCCGAGUGUCGUUACGCUCAAACAAGGAGGACAAAGUGGUGAUGUGGGUGUGUAAUUUGUGCCGAAAACAACAAGAAAUCCUCACUAAGUCAGGAGCCUGGUUUUACAACAGUGGAUCUAAUACGCCACAGCAGCCUGGUCCCAAGGCUCCUCGAGGGCUUCGGAACGAGGAGGCCCCGCAGGAGAAGAAAGCAAAACUUCACGAGCAGAGCCAGUUCCAAGGACCCUCAGGUGACUUACCUGUCCCUUCAGUGGAGAAAGCUCGGCCCCACGGGCUCACGAGACAGGAAUCCAUUAAGAAUGGUUCCGGAAUGAAGCACCAGACUGCCGGUGACAUACCUCCAGACAGGAAAAGAAGUCCAUCAUUGUCCAGGGAUCAAAACCGCGCAUACGACCGGAGUGAAGAGAGAGAGGAGUAUUCGCAGUAUGUCCCUUCGGAUAGCACAAUGCCGAGGUCUCCGUCAGACUAUGCAGACCGACGGCCUCAGCGUGAGCCCCAGUUCUACGAAGAACCGGAGCACUUAAGUUACAGGGAUCCUAGCAGGAGAGGCCACAGACACUCCAAAGAGUAUAUGGUGGACGACGAGGACGCGGAGAGCAGGGAGGACUAUGAAAGGCAGAGGCGGGAGGAGGAGUACCAGGCCCGCUACCGGAGCGAUCCCAACUUGGCCCGGUACCCGGUCAAGCCGCAGCCCUACGAAGAGCAAAUGCGGAUCCACGCCGAGGUGUCCCGAGCGCGGCACGAGAGGAGGCACAGCGACGUGUCCUUGGCCAACGCCGAGCUGGAGGACUCCAGGCUUCCUCUGCUGAGGAUGGAGCGGCCAUCCCGGCAGAGGUCGGCGUCGGAGCGGAGGGCAGCGAUGGAGAGCCAGCGGUCCUACUCCAUGGAGAGAACUCGAGAGGCCCCGGGGCCAAGCCCGUACCCUCCCAGGGCCGCGGGUCACAGCCCCCCGACCCCGCGCAGGAGCCCCGUACCCGGGGACAGACUGGACGCCCGGCGCGCGGACCCCGUGCGCAAACAGCACCACUUAGACCCCGGCUCGGCCGUGCGCAAGAGCAAACGGGAGAAGAUGGAAACCAUGCUCAGGAACGACUCCCUGAGCUCCGACCAGUCCGAGUCCGUGAGGCCCCCGCCGCCGAAGCCUCACAAGUCCAAGAAAGGAGGUAAAAUGCGCCAGGUUUCCCUGAGCAGCUCCGAGGAGGAACUGGCGUCCACGCCCGAGUACACGAGUUGUGACGAUGUUGAGAUUGAGAGCGAGAGUGUCAGCGAGAAAGGGGGCAGUCAAAAGGGAAAAAGGAAAACUAGUGAGCAGGGAGUUCUGUCGGACUCUAACACCAGGUCUGAGAGACAAAAGAGAAGGAUGUACUUUGGUGGCCACUCUUUGGAAGAGGAUUUGGAAUGGUCUGAGCCUCAGAUUAAGGACUCUGGGGUAGACACGUGUAGUAGCACCACCCUUAACGAGGAGCAUAGCCAUAGUGAUAAGCAUCCUGUGACCUGGCAGCCAUGCAAAGAUGGAGAUCGCCUAAUUGGCCGUAUUUUAUUAAAUAAGCGUUUGAAAGAUGGGAGUGUGCCUCGAGAUUCAGGAGCAAUGCUGGGCUUGAAGGUGGUAGGAGGAAAGAUGACUGAAUCAGGCCGGCUCUGUGCGUUCAUUACCAAAGUAAAAAAAGGAAGUUUAGCCGACACCGUGGGACAUCUUAGACCAGGUGACGAAGUGUUGGAAUGGAAUGGAAGGCUAUUGCAAGGGGCCACAUUUGAGGAAGUUUACAACAUCAUUCUAGAGUCCAAACCUGAACCACAAGUCGAGCUUGUUGUUUCAAGGCCGAUUGGAGAUAUACCUAGGAUCCCCGAUAGCACUCACGCGCAACUGGAAUCCAGUUCUAGCUCCUUUGAAUCUCAGAAAAUGGACCGUCCGUCUAUAUCCGUUACCUCUCCCCUGAGUCCUGGGAUGCUGAGGGAUGUCCCGCAGUUCCUAUCCGGACAGCUUUCAAGCCAAAGCCUUAGUAGAAGAACAACGCCUUUUGUUCCUAGGGUUCAGAUCAAACUAUGGUUUGACAAGGUUGGUCACCAAUUGAUAGUUACAAUUUUGGGAGCAAAGGAUCUCCCUUCCCGGGAAGAUGGAAGGCCAAGGAAUCCAUAUGUUAAAAUUUACUUUCUUCCAGACAGAAGUGAUAAAAACAAGAGAAGAACAAAAACGGUAAAGAAAACAUUGGAACCCAAAUGGAACCAGACCUUCAUUUAUUCUCCUGUCCACCGAAGGGAAUUCCGGGAACGAAUGCUUGAAAUUACCCUUUGGGACCAAGCUAGAGUUCGAGAAGAAGAGAGUGAAUUUUUAGGAGAGAUUCUGAUAGAACUGGAAACGGCUCUGUUGGAUGAUGAGCUGCACUGGUACAAACUUCAGACCCACGAUGCCUCUUCAUUGCCGCUCCCUCACCCGUCCCCGUAUUUGCCUCGAAGGCAGCUCCACGGAGAGAGCCCCACACGCAGGUUACAGAAUAAAGCCUUAUGUGCAUAUAACUCAGGAUCAAAGAGAGUAAGUGACAGUGAGGUCUCUGACUAUGAUUGUGACGAUGGAGUUGGUGUGGUAUCAGAUUAUCGACACAACGGUCGAGACCUCCAAAGCUCCACAUUGUCAGUGCCAGAACAAGUAAUGUCCUCAAACCAUUGUUCGCCGUCAGGGUCUCCUCACCGGGUAGAUGUGAUAGGAAGGACGAGGUCAUGGUCACCGAGUGUCCCUCCUCCACAAAGGAAUGUGGAACAGGGGCUUCGAGGGACGCGUGCUCCUGGCCAUUACAAUACAAUUAGCCGGAUGGACAGACACCGGGUCAUGGAUGACCAUUACUCUCCAGACAGAGACAGUCACUGUGUCACUCUACCUCGCUCCAGAUACAGUCAGACCGCAGAGCACCAUCGCAGGCAUAGAAGGGAUUGUGAAGCAGCAGAUAGACAGCCAUAUCUCAGAUGCAGACCAACAGAACAGCGGCCUCUCCUAGAGCGGACCACCACCCGCUCCAGAUCCUCCGAGCGUGCUGACACAAGCCUCAUGAGGUCGAUGCCUUCAUUAAUGACUGGAAGAUCUGCCCCUCCUUCACCUGCCUUAUCGAGGUCUCACCCUCGAACCGGGUCUGUCCAGACAAGUCCGUCGAGUACUCCAGUAACAGGACGGAGGGGCCGGCAGCUGCCACAGCUUCCACCCAAGGGGACGCUGGAGAGAAAGGUUACAUGGGAAGACCAGCAGGGACCGCCGAUAGGUACAAUAAGUGAUGACAAACCAUUGCCGACACAGAAACUCCCAUCUCAGCCAGGUGCUAUGGAUGUAGAGGAGAGAAACCGCCAAAUGAAAAUUAACAAAUACAAACAGGUAGCCGGAUCAGAUCCCAGACUGGAGCAAGAUUACCAUUCGAAGUAUCCAUCAGGAUGGGAGCCACAUAGAGGGGCGGAUACCGCUUCCACUAAAUCCUCGGACAGUGAUGUAAGUGACGUAUCCGCGCUUUCAAGGACUAGUAGCGCUUCUCGUUUCAGCAGCACAAGCUACAUGUCCGUCCAGUCAGAGCGGCCGCGAGGAGACAGAAAAAUCAGUUUCAGCCCCCUUGUGCAAGACUGUGGAGCACAGGCGCCGGUUCAGCCCCCACUCAUUCCCUUGGGACCUGACAGCAAUGUCUUUACAUCCAAAAUGCAAAGCAGACAGAUGGGCGUGUCGGGCAAGAGCAUGGCCAAGAGCACGAGCGUCAGCGGAGACAUGUGCUCGCUGGAGAAGAACGACGGCAGCCAGUCGGACACGGCCGUGGGCACCCUGGGCACCAGCGGCAAGAAGCGGCGCUCCAGCAUUGGGGCCAAAAUGGUAGCUAUUGUUGGCCUCUCCCGGAAGAGUCGCAGUGCCUCUCAGCUCAGCCAAACCGAAGCCGGGGGUAAAAAACUGCGGAGCACUGUCCAGAGAAGCACCGAGACCGGCUUAGCGGUGGAGAUGAGGAACUGGAUGACGAGGCAGGCCAGCCGGGAGUCCACAGACGGCAGCAUGAACAGCUACAGCUCCGAAGGAAAUCUGAUUUUCCCUGGUGUCCGCCUGGCCUCCGAUAGCCAGUUCAGCGAUUUCCUUGAUGGCCUGGGCCCUGCUCAGCUAGUGGGACGCCAGACCCUGGCCACUCCUGCGAUGGGUGACAUCCAGGUGGGGAUGAUGGACAAAAAGGGGCAGCUGGAGGUGGAGAUCAUUCGGGCUCGCGGCCUCGUCGUGAAACCAGGUUCCAAGACACUGCCAGCACCGUACGUCAAGGUGUAUCUAUUAGACAACGGAGUCUGCAUAGCCAAAAAGAAAACCAAGGUGGCCAGGAAGACGCUGGAACCCCUGUAUCAGCAGCUCUUGUCCUUCGAGGAGAGCCCCCAGGGGAAGGUGUUACAGAUCAUUGUCUGGGGAGACUAUGGCCGCAUGGAUCACAAAUCCUUUAUGGGAGUGGCCCAGAUACUCUUAGACGAACUGGAGCUAUCCAAUAUGGUGAUUGGGUGGUUCAAACUCUUCCCCCCCUCCUCCCUAGUAGACCCAACCUUGGCACCUCUGACAAGAAGAGCUUCCCAGUCAUCUCUGGAAAGUUCUACGGGACCUUCUUACUCUCGUUCAUAGCAACUGUAAAACUGUUGUCACAGCAACCAGCGAUACAAAAACAGAAGAAAAAACGCACAGGUCAAAACCCCCGGUAACACUGCAUGUUUGAUGUCCUGUCUCCGGAGCCCACGUCUAGGGAUACAAAGCGAUCCUGUGUUCUCAGAGGAAGCCGUACGCAUUGUGCCCUAGCACAGGCAGAGCUGCUGUGCAGAGCCGUCUGUCAGGCUUGGAGUUCAGUGACACUCGAGUUCCGGUCCAAUCUGAAGCCAUGGAUUACUCUCAAAGAAUCAGUCAGCCCUUUUCAAUGGCACCUUUAUAUUUUUAUCGGUUUGGUGGGUUUUUUUUCUUCUCCAUUUAUCUGACCCCAAAGCCUGUUACCCCACAGAAGCUCUACGGCCCUGAGGCCACACUGCAGGCCAGGGAGCGAAGUCCUAGGAGGUAUCAGGAGAAAAGCCAGAGACCAAAGAAGUAGUCAGGGGCCCAGCCGGUCACUGCUGCCCCCUCCAGAGGGGGCCCAGCAGGGAGGUGUGGUAGGCGACUCCCGGGGAGCUCCAGGAGGCGUGUCAUCCACUAAUGGCCAUGAUGCAUCGGACUCUGAAAAAUCCAAAUUCUGUGACUGCACCGUACUGAAUGAGAUUAAAGAAACCUUUUCUGCAUGGACACAGAUUAGCUGAAUAUUUAAAUUAUUUUCUCGGGGCUGCAACUUGCAAAAAAAUAAUAAAAUAAAAUAAAAAUCAGCCAUUUUCAACAAUUUAUAUUAUUUUUAAAGAUAAAUUUCACUAGUGCAUGGUUUUAAAACGAGAGAGGAUGCAACAGGGUGGUAGGGAGACACACCAUGUUUAUUCUUUAAUCGCAGUCUGUGUUUUGGCAGACAUUACAAAUGAAAAUAUUUCUAGCAGGGACUUAAAAUCCUCUUUAUGUGACAAUAAGUAUAAUGUAUUCAAUUUAUUUCCAUGUUAAAUAUACGAUCUUACGAAGUUCGACACAUGCAAAUUUUUCUCAUCUUCCCUCCUCCAUCUCACCUGUCUUCCCAUUUUGAAUGUUCUCUUUCCUUUCUUCCCGAGUGAACCUUCUCCUAAAACACUACAAGUCUUUGACCUGACCCUCUGACGCCCCAUAUUUGAUUCAGAGCCCAGGCGCGUCUGAAUUUAUGGGUUUCUCAGUUCUGUUCCAGAGCUUUCUUUAUUUCAAGCAUGUUGGAAGGAUUUGGCAACAUGACUUGGGACACAAAGCAAGUCAGCACACAUGUGACCAAGAUGUUUGGACAACUGCAGGUCAUUGUACAGUGCAUGGUAAUUUUCUUUUUUCACCUUAAAAGUUGAGUUUACAGGAAGUCCUAAAAUCAUGCAGCAUUGUGAUUUCUAACAAAUUUGUUUUUAGCACCAGCAUUAUUCAUACAGGGGGUUAAGUAUUGUUUGUAGGUCUUCGGUUUUGUUUGUUUUUUAAUUUGUCAAAGGAAUUUCUUUAGCUGAUUUCCAUUUACUAUGUGAAUAGAAACACUGCUAAAUACAUGGGGCCCUGACACGCAGGGCUGUUUAUUAAUUCAUUUUUCUGUAGUAAAAUUCAAUUUUUCACAAAGUAUAUUUCUAAAGAAAUAUAGUAAGCAUACAUUUGCAACAGUUUUAAAGCUCCAAUUUUUAGGUGACUCGAAGAGAGUCAGUCUGCCUCUAAAUAGUUAUUUGAUGCCAUCACCAAAAGCCAACAUGCAAAUCCCUCAAGUCAAAGCCACACCUUUGGUUUAUGGGCAGUUUCAACCAUUGAGUGGUACCACAAGGCCCUAGUUUCUCUCCAGAUCCCUAACGAGAGGGGAUUGUCACUGGUCGAUGUAAUAAACCACCCAUCCUUUUUGUCUCUUACUGCGCUUUAACUGCACGCCCUCAGAGAUCGGUUUUAACUCCUCGCAGUAAUCUCUGAAAUCCAUCUACAUGCCAUUUGUUUCAAAGGAGGACAUGCGCACGAAAGUAUUCUCUUUGUUUCUCCUUUUGAGUCCAGUGCCGACCAUUGAAAACCGUCACGCUUGAUUUACGGUGCAAAAGUUAAAAAAAACCGAGCUAUCACUCAAAAUGCCUUCUCUUUCUGUGGUGCAACAUGAACUACACUAAGACCGUGUCUUGAUUUUCUGAGAGGACAGACCCAGGUGAAGUGAGAGAAAAGGGAUACAAUUGCCGUAUUGCCGUGAGGUAAAAUUGCCGUGAGGUAACGUAGACACCUGUGUACCAGCAGCGAUUUGGUUUAACAGACCCGCAGCGUCUUUGGUUCUCCCUUAAAACAGACAUUUGCCAUGUCCCCUGACACCAACAUGCAGUGGCAUCAUCUUUUCUGCAUAUAUUCCUAUACAAAUUAUUUCUAAUUUUAAUAAGAAGGACACGACUGUGGAAUAUUUGUACAUACCUCUCAUUAUGCAGUAUUUAUUUUAAAAGUUGUGUACUUUUUUUUCUCUAAUUUUCACACGUCUGCACCUCAACUUGUGGUUAUGUCAUGUAAAUAGCACUAUGCCAGUGACCGUUGCUGCCCUGUACAUAGAACGUUUUCAAGUAAAGAGAAUUCCAGUUAGGGGGAAAAAAACGGGGAUGGGGAGGGGAGGGGAGGGCAGAUUAGGCCUGUAACAAACACCGACUGAUGUAAAUCAAAUUCAUUCUGGUGAUGGUAUUUAACACUUUAAAUAAAACAUUUUCUUUA